AUGGAAGAAGGUGAUCGAGGACUGAUUAAAAGAGUUGCAUUUGUCCUGAUCGAUGGUUUGGGAGACGUGUCAAUACCGAAAUUAGGCAACAAAACUCCUCUACAAGCAGCGAACAUACCUAAUCUCGACGCAAUCGCAUCAGCUGGAAUCAAUGGUCUAAUGGAUCCGGUGGAAGUUGGAUUGGGAUGUGGUAGCGACACGGCUCAUCUCUCUCUGAUGGGUUAUGACCCGAGAGUGUAUUACAGAGGACGUGGUGCCUUUGAGUCCAUGGGUGCCGGAUUAGCUAUGUCACCAGGUGAUAUAGCUUUCAAGUCUAAUUUUGCGACAUUGGAUGAGAAAUCUGGAAUUGUUGUGAGUCGGAGAGCUGAUAGGCAUUUCGAAGAAGAAGGGCCUAUUCUUUGUGCAGCUCUUGAUGGCAUGAAGCUCCCAUCUUUCCCUGAGUAUGAAGUGAGAGUCAGAUAUGCAACAGAGCACAGAUGUGGAGUGGUUGUAAAAGGGCCAAGACUUAGUGGGAAUAUAUCUGGAACAGACCCUUUGAAAGAUAACCGUUUGCUUCUUGAAGCUAAACCUUUGGAUGAGUCAGAAGAAGCCAAGCACACAGCUAAAGUCGUUAACGAAUUAUCCAAGGAGAUAUCUCGCAUUCUUGUUUCUCACCCGGUUAAUGCAAAGAGACUUGCACAGGGCAAGAAUAUCGCCAAUCUUGUUCUUCUACGAGGCUGUGGUAUUCGAAUUGAGGUUCCUCCUUUUCAAGAGAAGCAUGGCUUGUGGCCUUGUAUGGUAGCACCAACAAAGAUUAUAGCUGGACUUGGUAUGUCUCUCGGUAUUGACAUUCUUGAAGCUCCAGGAGCCACUGGAGAUUAUCGGACGCUUCUCACAUCGAAAGCAGUUGCAAUAGCCAAUGCUCUCUCAGCUCCUUUGAAUCCCACCCCAAAUGUCUUUGUACCGGGAGAGGACGGACAUAAACCGGGAAGGUCUGAUGGGUAUGAUUUCGGGUUCCUUCACAUAAAGGCUAUAGAUGAUGCUGGUCAUGACAAAGCGACGAUGUUCAAAGUUAAAGGCUUGGAAGCUGUGGAUAAGGCGAUACGUCAGCUCGCUAAGCUUCUAUGGAUAGCUGAGUCUUCUACAAAUUAUCAGUACUUCUUGUGUGUGACUGGUGAUCAUUCCACUCCAGUUGAGUAUGGAGACCACAGCUUCGAGCCUGUCCCAUUCACAAUGUGCCGGUUAAGAGAGUUUGUGAGCGCGGUUGGAGGAGAAUCAGCUCUGUUAGAGACGUCUUUGGACCCUUUUCCACUUCCAACGGUUGUGGAAUCCGGUGAAGAUGUCACCGACGAUGGUGGGAGGAAGAAAGCUCCUGCGGCGAUUGGUGGAGAUUCAGUUGCAGAGCUGAAUGAGAUCGCAGCAGCAAGAGGAUGUCUUGGCCGUUUCCAUGGCGGUGAAAUGAUGGGAGUCAUCACCAAGUUCCUUAAGCUUGAUGUAUGA